AUGGUUAAAUCACUAUGUAAUAUAGCUCAAUACGUCAGUCUCAUGACCGAGCAAUGCCCAAAAACAUGCGGAAAAUGUCCAAUACUCUUCUGUAAUUCAGCACCUAUCACAAGAUGUGUGGAUCUACUAAAUCCAAAAACAGGAAAAUCGGAUUGCCCUAGUCGUAAAGAACUUUGCGGAAACUCAGUCUACAAAGAAGUUAUGAAGGAACAAUGUCCAGUGACAUGUAACCUAUGCACGCCCAGCCCAACAACGGCGAGGCCGGCGACGGCGGCAGGAUGA